ACUUCUUCUCACCACUCAAAACAUUUCUUCACAUUUCACCAAUUCACCUACACAUUAUUACACUUCAACAACAAUGGCAUCUUCAUCUUUCUUCUUCACCUCCCCAUAUUUCACCACCAAUCAACCUAAUUCACCUCCUAUCUCAGCCACUUUCGCCACAUCUAACACUACAGCAAGAUCUGCACGUCCUUCUUCACUGUAUGAAGUGCUCGGGAUACAAAUCGGAGCCGAUACGAUGGAGAUCAAGUCUGCAUACCGGAGACUGGCUAGAGUUGUGCAUCCGGACGUUGGAAACAUGGAUUCGUCUACGGAUGAGUUUAUUAAAGUGCAUUCUGCUUACGCUACGUUGUCGGAUCCUGGAAAAAGAGCGGAUUAUGAUCGUAGUUUGUUCGUGAGACAGGAAGUGGCCGGACGGAGUUCUUCGUCGGCGGGAUAUAGUGGCCGGAGAUGGGAGACAGAUCAGUGCUGGUAGUUUGUGGUGGGUCUGCAUGUACGUAUAUAUGUAGGGUUUUAUUUUGUAUUUUUUAGAAUGGGAUAUUUUUAGCAACAAAGUAGGUCUAAAAGCAUGAGUGAUGUGCAAAUUUAGUAUCUUUGCUAUAUCUGGACGUUACAUUAUUGAACAUAUUAUAUUGUAGAUAACAUUUUCUUUAUUUGGUA